UCGCGAAAGAUAGUGUGAUAGGGCAAAGAAGUUGUCAUCAAAAGAACAUGAAGAAGUAUUUUGAAGAUGAAACAAACAAGGACAAAGAAACAAUCUGAAUCUGCAUCCAAUAUCUCAUCAUUGGUUAAUAAAAGCCGUAAGAUUGAAAACCAAAGAGUGUUGCAGGACAACAUCAUCGCAGUUGAGGGAAGUGAUCACACUGAUCAUCACCUGGCGGGAGUGAAAGUUCUUCAUGGCGGCCUAGACAAAGUUGCGGAAGGAGGUACUGUAGUUCUCACUAUCAAAGAUCAGCCUAUACUUGCUGAUGGUGAUCUUAAUGAAGACGUUGAUAUGCUCGAGAAUGUGGAAAUCGGAGAACAAAAACGCCGAGAUCAUGCUUAUAAAGCUGCAAAGAAAACUAGCAUAUACGACGAUAAGUUCAAUGAUGAUCCCUCAGCAGAAAAGAAAAUACUUCCAAAAUACGAUGAUUCAGCUGCUGAAGAGAGUUUAACUUUGGAUGAAAGAGGAAGAUUCUCAGGCGAAGCUGAAAAGAAACUUGAAGAGCUUCAAAGAAGGCCAAUCGGUGUUUCUUCUAAUAAAUUUGAAGACCUUACUUCAUAUGGAAAAGUAUCAUCAUCAGAUUACUAUUCUCGUGAAGAAAUGCUUCAAUUUAAGAAGUCUAAGAAGAAAAAGUCCUUAAGGAAGAAAGAUAAGCUCGACAUUAAUGCCCUUGAAGCUGAAUCUAUCUCUUUAGGAUUGGAUGUUGGCGACCUUGGUUGGAGGAAAGAUGCAAAGAGGAAAACCAUCGAAGAUGAACAAGAAAGAUUGGCGAGAAAUAAUGCUUACCAGUUUGCUUAUGCUAAAGCAGUUGAAGCCUGCAAAUUACUUCAACAAGAACAAUCUCGGAAUGUUAAAACUCCAGUUUUUGCAGAUGAUGAUGAGGAUCUUCGUAAAUCCUUAGAGAAAGCAAGACGAUUAGCUCUUAAGAAUCAGGAGGAGAAAGGAGUAUUCCGUCCUCAAGCUAUUGCUGUAAUUGCCUCCUCAAAUCCUUGUAAUGAGACUGUUGAUGAUCAAAUUUCUACAGCUAGAAAGUCAAGAGAAAAUAAGAUAGUCUUUAGAGAGAUUAAAGAAUCUGUCUGGCGUCAUCGCAUUAAUGAAGAAGCACGUAUCUUGACCUCCUCAGAUAACCAUCGCUGUUUGUAGAGAGAAUGAGAGAAGCUGAAGCUCGUAUGAAGACACCCUAUCUUGUUCUCAGUGGUGAUGUUAAACAUGAGAACUUUUCGGGACUGAAGAGGAAAGCUGAACAAAUUUCAAGCUAAUUUCAACUUAUAAUGAAAUAGUUGUUCAAAACUCUCAGUUAUUACAUGACUCUUUCAAUAUUUCUCUUAUUUUA